AUGGAACGUUGUACUUCUGUUAUGUCUCCCAGCAUCCUUGAUGAAUUGAGACAGUGUGAUACCCUGUGACAUUUUUAUUAGAUAUCACUUAGAAGUCAGUAUGUGAAACUGCUGGGUACUGUGUCCCAUACAGUACCUUUGGUGGGUUGAGAAGAGAAACCUUUCCCGGCGUUGACUUCGGUUAGAACCAGCCAGUUCUCUCCGCCCCUGCCCCACCACGCUCCCAUGACCCAUUUCAUCGCGGUGAGGAACCCGUUGUUCACUCGUCACUGGGGCCCUUGCUUCCCCUUCAGUAUGUGUGAGUUCUAAGAACAAGGUCAUCCGGUUUUUUGUUUUUUUUUUUGUCUGACCUUUCACCUGAGCCGUGGGGGUUGGGCCUUCCGUCAUCGAUCUGGUCACGUGGACGACCGUUGGCAGGGGAGGUGGUGCAGUCUCACUCGCUCGCUGCUUGUGAAUUACACAAUAAAGACGGGUCGCUUUUAAGGGAGAUGUCUGAAAAACUGAGAAGAUGCAGAAAGGAGCUGACUGCGGCCAUUGACCGGGCCUUUGAAGGGGUCAGUCAUUCCCAGGAGUGCUCAGGCUCGCAGAGGCUGGAGCUGGACGCGGUGCGACUUCCCUUCCCCCUCCCCGUUCACCGGCUCCUCUGCAGGAGGCAACCGCUGGCAGCCUGCUCCUCUGUGGCUCCUUUCUCUCCUGUCCCUUGUGACCCUGAGAAUGAGAGCCCUGUCUUUGCACCAAACCCUGCUCCUGUGACUGCAAAGCCACAGGCUCUAUGCCCCCAAAGAAAACCUCUGACCAGCAAGGAAAACAUACUGAUGCAUUCCUCCAUUUUGGCACCUGAAAGACAGCUUUGGAGAGCAGUAGGAGAUGGGGAGAACUGGAGAAAAGACUGUUUAAGGAAAGAUAUGGAGAAAUAUUUGAAGGUUGACUCAAACAUGCCACUCAGCAGUUCUAGCCAAGAGGUCACACAGGAUCUGCUUGAUAUGAUUGACCAUACAAGCAUCCGAACUAUUGAAGAAUUGGCUGGGAAACUAGAAUUUGAAAACGAGCUGAACCGUGUGUGUGGUCACUGCGAAGAUUCUCCCUUUAAGGAGGAAGCCUGGGCCCUGCUGGUGGAUGAGAGCCCUCAGAAGGCCUCAGAUGCGGACCCUGGCAGCCUCAAGCAGGCUUUUGAGGACCACAAUAUCGUGGAGACAGUUCUGGACCUGGAAGAGGACUACAAUUUGAUGACCUCUUUUAAAUACCAAAUUGAUUCAUCUUGGCAAGCCAAACAAUCACUGAAUUGUUUCCGUGGAAACACCAAGCUGCAGUUUGGAUUAGCAGAAUCAAAAUAGAAACAAGGCAACUUCAAGAAUAAAUAGGAGCUUUGGAACCUGCUAGUCACCAACUGCAAGUUCAAGCUACAGCACAAGGCAUAUGAGAAGGUAGGCCUAUCCAGUCCUAUAAGGAGGGGUUUCCAGGUCCCCUGGCUGUAUCUUACUAGGUUGAUGCCAAAAUCACUAGAAACCAGCUCUGUAUGUGUACUGGUAGACUUUGUAACAAUACUUAAGGCAGGAGAUGGUCUGUAGAAGCUAGGAGAGGCAGGGGGCCAGAGGGCAAGGCUGGGGAGGAAGGAACAGGAAAAAGGAGAGAUGAGUGAAUGCUGAGUGAAGGUCCAGCAAGGAGCAAAGGCCACAGCUGAGGCCUGAGAACAGAGCAACAGUUCUUUCAAGAGGACAAUUCAAGGAUGGCAAAGGGCUGGAAAUGGUGACCCUGCCCUUAGCCCCAUUCAGAUUGCAAUAUUCCCCAUAUUCCUGGGCAUGGCUAUCGAGCCACCCAAAUUUAGACCUGGAUUCUUACCAGGCGAGUUCUGGGGGCACUUGUAGUCAGUAAGCGCCUGCCUCUGUGUUGCUUUAGCCAGCACAGUCAGGCACACAAGCCUACCUUCUCAUCUCUAGGUCUCAGGGAUCCUUCCUCCUGCUUCCUGCUCACCUCACCAGGAGAAUGAGGGAGCCACCUCCUGCCCACUUGCCCUAUCUCCUUGGCGUUCUCCUGAAUCCUGCACUUCCAAUCCCAGGGAAGACUCAAGAGGGUCAAGAGGCCAGGAGGAAGGAGACCAAUAACCUGGGGGGCCUGUGCCCCUCACCUUUGCACCCAGAAAUGUGCUAAUAGGGCAGCAACACCAUCCUGCCACUGGAGGAGGUGUGAACUGUUAAUAAUCAAAAAAAUUGAUGAAAAGGAUUUGCAAAAGAGCCAAUCUUCCUCCUUCUGCAUGACCAGCCAGGAGCUCACUUGGUACAGAGGGGGACCUUCUCUAACUGAGGCACAAGAAGUUUAAUACGGCAGUGAAAGCCAAUGAACCAGGCAAGUAAACCAGGGAGGCAACUGCACCUGAUCUUGGGUAGUUAUUGAAAAGGCUGUCCUCCUGAGACAAUCUGAAGCUUUCUCCCUGGGUACAUUGGAGGAUAUUAAUAUUUUAGAUUUUAGCUAAAUAUUUAUAGGGGGACAAAGUUUUACUCAGGAAAUCUAGUUAAUAAUGGAUUCCAGCCCUAAUGGGGAAGGGCUUUCUGUGCUAGGCCAGCUGGAAAAUGCCUGAUUUGAUGGAGAGUUUUGGCCUAAGGCCUGGCAUAAAGAAAAAAAAAAUUUUUAAACUACUCAACCCUUGUAUGAAGCAGCUCUUUUGUUUUGUUUUCUGGGCACUUUGUGUGGGAGCUGGCCUGGGAGAGAGGAGUGGGCAUUUUAUAGGAAACCCUUAAUCAGGAGCCCUUUGGAACAUCUAAGACCAAAAAAAAAAAAUUGCAAAGGGAUACUGGAGAGACCCGACUUUCAGGAAGGGCUGCCAGAAGCUGUUUGAAUGAUAAGCAAGCAAUCCCUGCCCUCAGUGAGUAUCAACUAUCUACUAGUACCAGACACUUUCCUGGAUGCUGAGGAUACAGUAAGGAUGAGGCAGAUGCUGCUCCUGCUUCUGGAGUUUAUAUUCUACUGUGCAAGUUGGGCAAAACAAAAAAAAUACUGAUUUGAUAUUUCAGUUGGAACUAUCUGAGGAAACUUAAAACAAGUUAAAGGAAUGGGCAAUGAGUAGGACAAGCCCCUUCAGAAGAGGAGGGUUCAGGAAAAGACUACUCUGUAGGUGACAUUUUUGGGGGGGAGCUAUGCCCACUGCAUAUGUUAAGUUCUGAAGCAGAGAUUGAACCCAUGCCACAGCAGUGACAAUGCUGGAUCCUUAAUCCGCUGCGCCACAAGAGAAAUCCCCGUAGGUGACAUUUAAAUUGAUACUUGAAUGCCAGGGCAAUUAGGUGCUGCAAGUGGCUUCAUUUCCAUCCUCAGACUGUCUCUGGGGUUGUAUCAAAGGGCCUUAGGUGGACCCUGGGCAAUAGACGUCUCACAACAUCCACCCUGUGUAGCCACAUACAUCUCUAUUAGCAUCUAAGGAGCCAAAAAUGCUGCGUGUUCCAGGGACAUGCCUGGGCUGUGUCAUGCUCACCAAAUUUGGCAGGAACACAGCAGGUUUUUUUUUUUUUUUUUAAGCCUUAGGAAUAAAAUAAGAAACAGAAUAUCCUUUUCUGAUGAUUGCUAGAGACAGGCAGUGCAAUUUUAAUUAGCCCAGCCUUGUUAGGAGAUAAAUUUACUGCUCAUUCUACAAAAACACCCAGCUCCUAUAACACUGAGUCACUCUGACCUUUGACUUUGAACAAGUGAAAUGGUUCUGUAGAAAUACAGGAUUUCAUAACACAGCAGAAUCAAAGAACAGAGGGUCCUGCUGUGGCAUUUCAAAACUGGACAGACCCUUCAAUAAGAAGGCCACAGUCAUAGAUACUGGUGGUGUUCUUUCAAGGGGGUCUCAACUUUGAAUUAAAAUGGUUAAACCUCUCAGAGUAAUAAAACAUUUCUGGAUACAGACCCCUCUGGUCUACAAGCCUUAUGCUAAGCACUCCACAGCCACCGGUAGUCACUUUGGGAAGGGCUGGGUUCCUUCCUCCUGUGCCUUCCUUGCACCAGCAGAGCAAACCAGUAGGGAAGGCAAUGGAUGCUGGUAGAGGAUAGGGUGUAUAUCCAGUGAGACUCAGAGGGAGAGAAGAGGCCAGGGCAGCUUGAGGCAAGAGCCCAAGUCUGCACUUCCUCGGCCUUAGAGAGGACUGCUGCCAUUGGGAAGCAAUUGCUGCCACUUGAAGCUGUCCAUGAGGGUUUUUACUUUCAUAAGAAAAAGAAAAAUUGAGAGGUCCCACUGUAGUGCAGUGGGUUAAGAACGUGACUGCAGGAAUU